UAGUUCUACAGUCCCUCUGCUCUACACCCUUUCUAACGAAAAAAAUCAAAAUCUCCCAAACUUUGCCGUGAAAUAAUCCUUCUUCUGCUCUUCCAUCUUCAACUUGAAGAAGUCAUGGGUUCUGAUGCGGACAUGGAGGAUUACGGGUUCGAGUACUCCGACGAGGAGCCUGAAGAACAGGAUGUUGAUAUUGAGAAUCAGUAUUACAACUCUAAAGGCUUGGUUGAAACGGAUCCUGAAGCAGCACUUGAGGGUUUUGCAGAAGUAGUUCGCAUGGAACCUGAGAAGGCUGAAUGGGGAUUCAAGGCUUUAAAGCAAACUGUUAAACUCUACUAUAAACUUGGGAAGUAUAAGGAAAUGAUGGAUGCUUACAGAGACAUGCUUACUUAUAUCAAAUCUGCCGUAACACGAAACUACAGUGAAAAGUGCAUUAACAACAUUAUGGAUUUUGUCUCUGGAUCUGCAAGCCAGAAUUUCAGUCUGUUGCAAGAGUUUUAUCAGACCACUUUGAGAGCACUCGAAGAAGCAAAAAAUGAGAGGCUAUGGUUCAAGACAAAUCUGAAGCUUUGUAAGAUAUGGUUUGAUAUGGGUGAAUAUGGUAGAAUGAGCAAGAUUUUGAAGGAACUUCAUAAAUCUUGUCAAAAAGAAGAUGGCUCAGAUGACCAGAAGAAAGGAACACAGCUAUUGGAGGUGUAUGCCAUCGAAAUUCAGAUGUACACUGAGACUAAGAACAACAAAAAGCUCAAGGAACUAUACUUAAAAGCCCUUUCGAUCAAAUCAGCUAUACCUCAUCCUAGAAUUAUGGGAAUUAUCCGGGAAUGUGGUGGGAAAAUGCAUAUGGCUGAGCGGCAGUGGGCAGAAGCAGCCACCGACUUUUUUGAAGCUUUCAAAAACUAUGAUGAAGCAGGAAACCAGAGGCGAAUUCAAUGCUUAAAAUAUUUGGUUCUUGCUAAUAUGUUGAUGGAAUCUCUCGUGAACCCUUUUGAUGGUCAAGAAGCAAAACCAUAUAAAAAUGACCCUGAAAUAUUGGCUAUGACGAACCUGAUAGCAGCAUAUCAACGAAAUGAGAUUUUAGAGUUUGAAAAAAUUCUGAAGAGUAACAGGAGAACCAUUAUGGAUGAUCCCUUCAUCCGAAAUUACAUUGAAGAUCUUCUGAAGAAUGUCAGAACCCAGGUGUUGCUUAAGCUUAUUAAACCUUAUACGAGGAUCCGCAUCCCGUUCAUAUCAAAGGAGCUCAAUGUGCCAGAGAAGGAUGUUGAAGAUUUGUUAGUUUCCCUUAUCUUGGACAAUCGGAUCCACGGGCAUAUUGAUCAAGUGAAUCGGCUUUUAGAGCGUGGUGACAGGUUGAAGACUCUUCUUCUAGCUUAUUUCAGUUGUCAUUUUUUGAAGCGAUGAAUUUGUUUUAGUUUCUCAUAUUAUUUUGGUUCUUUUUCCCGACGCGCCAAAUUGCAGUUCCAAGGGAAUGAAAAAGUAUGCUGCAAUGGACAAGUGGAACACACAGCUUAAAUCGCUCUCUCAUACUAUCUGUAACCGAGUUUGUUGAAAGUUGUGCCAUGGCAAGAGCUACCGCCUUCUCAAAAUUAAGCCUCUAUUUUACCAAUUCUGUCUUCAUUAGUUAUGUGACUGAAUCUUUUCAACAGAUGACUUCAUUUGGAUGAUCCGAGUACAUAGCAAAGAUGUCUAGUGAAAUUUUUGUGGUAGAGUGGGCAAAUGGGGGGAAGCUACCUUUGAUAUUUUGCCUUUCCUUCUAAGACAGCGAAAAGUAUUGUGUAGCAUUGAAGCUGAGAAUUUAGAAGGAACCAUGCUUGAGGAAUUUGUUCUUUUUCUUUUUGCGAUUGUGAAUCGUUUUGCUGUUUGUUAUUGCAGUAUCGUUUUGAAUCUUACAACAUGUGGCACUUGUUCCAAAAUUAUACAAUGGUUGGAAAUAAAAAAAAACUACCCACACGGCCAAUAUUAUCAUCUUCAUCUUCACUUGAAACUAUUCCAGUGUUGCAUUAUUAUUAUUUUACUUAUGCGCGAUACUCCAAAAUCACUUUCAUAUUGAAUAGUAGUAUUUCUUAGAUAUUCUUUAUUAUUUUUGUGUAGUGGUAUAAUAAUCCUUUCAUUAUUAUCUUAUAUCUUUCUGAAAUUGUAAAAUAAACUUAUGUAUUAAUACCAAUAUACAUUAAUUACA